AUGACGACGGCCUGCAAGUGGCUCGACCAGCUGCUCCUCUUGUCGAUCAUCGUUUUUCAGGCCUUUCACGAGACUUGCCAAGCUAGACACAGGUCGGGCAGGAAACCGGAUGGAGAUAUGACACUCUGGAUCGAUCGACAACAGAUCAAAAUGUUCAGUGGUGUGGAGAUGGAAAUAUAUGCGAUUGACGAGGGUCGAGUUGUACCGUAUCUGUUGGAUCCGGAAUUCGAGAACAAAUUACCGAUCAUACCGAACGAGGUAUCGUACGUUAACUUCACCUGGAAGUCCGGCGUCAAGAAGUACUAUUACGAUUUUUUCUUGCUCAAGUCGUUCGACGAGUCGAUACUCAAGACACCAUCGAUCACGAUAAAAAAGCAAGGCAGAGUACCGAAGCGCCAAAAGGAGUUCAGCGUGUUGCUACCGUGCUCGGGCAACAAUUCCGGAGUCGCGCAAUUCGGGAUCGGUUUGAUGAUCGAGACGCGCAAAAACAAGCCACUCAACGGGACACCCUUACAGCUCAGCCUGAGAAAAGAAUGCGCCGUGCGCGGUGAGUGCGUCAGUCGCGCCCACGAUCACCAUUUCUCCGCUUCUCACACUGACAAGCCAAAUCCAGGACCGUGUCCGGAUGGUUAUUUGGGACCGCCGCAUUGUAAGAAAGCUCUGUGCUACCCCAAUUGCAUGAAUGGUGGUAAUUGUACGGCACCCGGAGUUUGUUCGUGUCCAGCAGGAUUUCAGGGACCUUACUGCGAAGGAGGUAUUUGUUCAGAAAAAUGCUUGAAUGGGGGAAAAUGUGUACAAAAAGAUACAUGUGAAUGCCCCAAAGGUUUUUUCGGCGAGAGAUGUGAAUUUUCAAAAUGUGUAGUUCCAUGUGUAAAUGGAGGCAAAUGUAAGGGAAACAAUAUAUGCCGCUGUCCAACAGGCUAUAAAGGUAAUCACUGUGAAAUUGGAAGACGGAUGCCGUUUCAUCAAACUUGCACCAGACAAUGUAGGAAUGGUACUUGUCAACCUGACAACACUUGUCAUUGCGAUCCUGGAUGGUAUGGCAAAUUGUGUAGUAAAAACAAACCCUGGGCUAAAUGAAUUCAGUACAUGUUGCGGUACUGUUAUUUAUAAUUUUGAUAUUUAUUGGGAAAUAAAUAGGUCAUCAUUCCAAAUUGUAGCAAAAUAUUACAUUCAGUAUUAUUUAAUUUUCAAAAAUGUAUAUAAUUACAAGUAUUUAGAGAUGUAAAAUAUUUCAAUCCUAAAGUCCAGAAAACAAAAUUGGAAAAAUAUUUAGCACCGCAACAUUAACAAAGAAACAUACAAGUUGUGAAUAUGUGGUCUAUACACCACCAGAGAUGUGAUAUGUAAAGCUAUUUUACACAUACUGUUAGGUAUUAAUUUUUAAUAAACUAUAUUGUUAAAUGUAUUGCAAUGACUGUUAGAUACAUAAUAACGAUUUUUA